AUGAAAAAUUCGAAGAUAACUACAUAUUUGACUGUUAAAUGCUUGCUAUUAUUAGUUUUAUUUUUUCAAAAACAUUCAAGUCAAAAUUCAUUAAAUAAUAGAACUAAUUAUGGAUUAAAUGAUGAAGAACUCAAAGCAAUGAUUCUGGGGCUUAACUAUAACCAAUCUAGCAAAAAUAAAAAUGAAGUAGACAAGGAAAACACAGAAAAUGAAUCUCUUUUAUUGCGUAAUUUUAUUAAUGAAGAUACAUUUGAUAAUAUGAAAAAUGAAAAAGAAAUUGAAGGUAUUAAAAAAAGUAAAAAAAAGCAUUUUGAUGCGUCUAACAGAAAUAUAUCCAACAAAAGUACCUCAUUGAUUAAAAAUGAAAAAAAAAAUACUAGUCUUGAAUUAAAAAAUUAUCAAUCCUUGCAGAAAACCAUUGAAAGUAACAAGCUAAAUAAAGAGGAUAAUCAAUAUGACAAUGACGAAAAUCAAGAUACCGAUUAUUUUAGUGAUAGCUAUGAUUUUGACAAUACAAAUGCCUUUAUCAAUAAAAAUGAUACAAGUAAAUUAAAUUAUUCAAAUAGUCACAAAAAAAAUGAUUUAUAUGAUAUAAAUGAGUCAAAUGAGGCCAAUAUAUCAAACAGUACAAGGUUAAAUGAUUUAAAAGAUGUAUAUAAUUCAAAUGAGCUUAACGUAUUAGAUGAAGAAAAUGAAGUUAGUGGUUUAUCUGAUUUAAGUAAAGAAAUUGAUACAGAUGACACAAAUAUUACAAAAGAAAUAAACAAUGUAAACAGUAUAAAUACUCCAAAUAAUUUAAAUAAAAGAAAUAUUACAAAUGAUGCAAGUAGCGUACAAAAUAUAAAUAAUUUAGAUAAAGACAAUAAAGCAAAUAAAUUGGAGCACUUGACUAAUAAUAAUAAUGAAAACUCAAAUAAUUUAAACAGUGUGAGUAACUCUAAUAUAAGAAUUUUAAGAAGAGAAAAUAAUAUAAACAAUUUAAAAAAUGAACAUAUUUUUAAUGAUACAAGUAAUAUAAAUAGUAAUAUUUUAAAUAAUAAUAAUGCUAAUAAUAUAAGUGAUAUAAAAGCAUCACAUAAAAACAAUUCCAAUAAUAAUGAUAAAGACAUUAAUAACUUUGAUAAAAUAGACGAAGUAAAUAACAAAAUUACAAAGAACAUUGAUGACAAUGUUAACAAUAUAAAUCAAACAAAUAAGUAUAAUUUUAAUAAUAAUAAUACUAAUGCAUACGAUAUAAAUGGUAUAAAUAACAAUUUAAAUUAUGAUGAUAAUAAAGAAAAUAUAAAUAAUGUAAAUUAUAACAAUUUAAGUAGUACUUAUAGGGCAAACGAUGUACAUGAUGUAACAAUUUCGAAUAAUAUAAAUGAUGAAAAUAGUAAAAAUAUCAAUAAUUUAAAUAGUAAUAAUGUAAACUAUAAUGAUAAUGACGCAAAUGAUAAUAGUAACACAAAUAAUCAAAAUUUAAAUUAUAAUAGUAACAAUAUAAGUAAUUCAAGUAAUGCAAAUAACAGUAAUUUGAGUGACAAUAGAAACGAUACAUAUGGAACAAAUAACAACUUAAAUGAUAUUAACAAUAGUAUAAAUAGCAUAUAUAACAAUUUUUCCAAUAAUAAUAGCAUAAAUGAUCAUAAUAGUUCUAGCAUAUUUCAUUUAAAUAAUAAUAAUGCGCAUUAUGCAAGUAACGUGAGUGCAAAUAAUUUAAAUCAUGGCAAUAAUAUAAAUGACGUAAAUAAAAUAAAUAAUGGUUUUAAUGAUAAUGACAUAAAUGGACUAAAUAAAUUUAAUUUAAAUAAUUAUAAUGUAAAUAACAAUAAUUCUAAUAAUCAUAGCAAAGGAAAUUCUAAUGAUAGUUAUCUAAGUGAUAAUAAUGUCAGUGAUAAAAAUGGAAAUUUAUUAUUUAAUGAUCCUAAAAAUAUAAAUAAUUACAUAAAAAACUUAGACAAUACCAAUUCAGAAAAAUCGGAAUCAUCACGAAAUGUUAUGAAUAUUAAAAAUGAUGAAAAAAUCCAGGAAGUGAACAAAUUAGAAAAUGAAAAAUCAAACAAUGAAGUACAUAAAACAUCAAGCGAAAAUAUUGAUGAACCUACAGGAUCAAAGGUGUUUAAAGUCCCUAAAAAAAGGAAACCAAAAAAUAAUGAUACAUUUUCCAUGGAAAAUGACAAAAAAUAUGAUCCAGAAGAUAUGUAUCAUGGAAAAAUGAAUAAUUCAACAGAAUCGUAUAAUAAUUACAUUUCAAAUUGGAAAAAUAACGAAAAGGAUGAGUUAAAACAAAAAAAUAUGGAUGAAUAUCUAAAAAAAAAUGAUAAUUUAAAUAAUGCCUUACCUAAAGGUUUAAAUUUUUAUAAAAUAGGUGAAUCAGAUGAAAAACCAAGGGGAUUAUUUAAUGAGGAGGGUCAAAAAAAAAGUCCCCAUUUUUCGGAACAGAAAAAUCUUAAAAAUAUAUCAGAUAAUGAUGAAAAAAAUGAUAUGAAAAAUUCAAUGGAAGAUACAGACGGACUUGAUGAAUCUAAAAGAGAAGUACUAAAAAGAAUAAAUCCUGUAAAAUUUGAAGAAUACAUAAAUGAUAAAUUAUACGAUACUUCUGAAGAAAAAGAAAGUAAGAUCUUAAAUAAAACAGAAAAAAAUUGGGAAAAUUUAUUUUCUGAAAAAAUAAAUUUAAAAAAAGGUGAAUAUGAUAGAAAUGAGUAUAAAUAUUUUAAAUUGAAAAAUAAUGAAUUUAAAGUAUUAGGAAUAAUUAAUAAGUAUUCUCCCAAAGGAGGUUUUUCUAUAUCCGUUGAUUGUGGAGGAUAUGAUGAUUUCAACGGAAUUCCAGGAAUUUCUCAUCUUUUACAGCACUCUAUUUUCUAUAGAUCUCAAAAAAGAAGUACAACAUUGUUAAGUGAAUUAGGGAAAUAUUCAUCAGAACAUAACUGCCAUACUAAUGAAUCAUUUACUAAUUACUAUGCUACUGCCAAUUCUGAAGAUGUUCACCAUUUAUUGAAAUUAUUUGCAGAUAAUUUGUUUUAUCCUGUGUUUGAUGAAGAAUACAUAGAAAAUGAAGUCAGAGAAAUCAAUAAUGAAUAUGUUGCAAUGGAGAAUAAUCCUGAGAAUUGCCUAAAAACUGUUAGUGAAUAUAUCACGGAUUUUAAAUAUUCUAAAUUUUUUGUUUAUGGAAAUUACGUUACAUUGUGUCAAAAUGUUUUAAGAAAUGGAUUAAAUAUAAAAAAAAUUUUGUAUGAAUUUCAUAGAAAAUGUUAUCAGCCUAAAAAUAUGUCACUAUCUAUAUUACUAGGAAAAAAAAUAGGUUCAGACAAUCAUUACAACAUGAGUGAUAUUGAAAACAUAGUUGUAGAAAUUUUUGAAAAAAUAAAAAAUUAUAAUUAUUCAAAAGAAAAUGAUAUUAUAGGAAAAGAAAAUAGUCAUAUAGGAUUGGGAAAGAGAAACUUUAAUAGACGAAAAAAUCAUUAUGAUAACACAAAUUUCAUUUAUAAUGAUACACAUUAUAAUUUCCUUGGAUAUAAUGAUAAUGAAUAUGGUACUUUUAUUGAGUUUAUUAACAAAUCUAAUUAUAUAAUUGACUCAAACCAAAAAAGUAAGUAUGUUGAAAUUCUAAAGAAAGAAGGAUGGGAAGAUCAAAUUUACUUAUAUUGGAGCUCUAAAAUUAAUAUUGAUUUGUAUAAAAAAAUUGAAGAAUUUGGAUCUAUAAAUUUUUUACAAGAAAUAUUUUCCGACUUUAAAAUAAAUGGAUUAAAAUAUAAAUUAUUAGUAGAAAAUAAAUAUGCAUAUGAUUUUAAAAUUAUUAGCACAUAUAACAAAUAUUAUUUGAACUAUGGAACACUAAUAAAAUUAACAAAGAAAGGAAAAAGUAACUUAGUUCAUUUACUACAUAUAUACAAUAUAUUUAUUAAAGAAAUUACUAAAUUAUUUGAUCAUGAUAGCUUAGAUAAGGGUCUAAAUAAGUACAUACUUGACUAUUAUAGGGAAAAAGCCUUUGUCACUGAUCAUAAUUUUAACAACAAUGAUGUAAACGUUGGUCUUAAUGAUUUAAUAAAUUACUCUAAUAAAUUAUUAACUUAUUCAGAUGAUCCAUCUUUAUUUUCAACUAUUAAUAAAUUAAUUGAAGAUAGGGACAAAAAUGAUUUCCGAAAUCAUAUUAAAAUUACAAGUUUAAUUGGUUCUCUAAUAAAGAAUGAAAAUUUAAAUAUAUUAAAUGUUGUAGAUGAAUUUUCCAUUACAAAUCAAAGUAAAAUUCCUUACACUACCAUAACAUAUGCUACGGGGGAAAAUCCAUAUCUUAUUGAUGAAAAGGAAAUUAUAAAUGAUAUAAAUCUUAAACUUCCAGAAAUAAAAGUUUGUCCUUCUAGUAAUUUUGGAAGUGAUAAUAUUUUUUAUGAACAAAAUUUUUUCUGUGUCCCAUAUAAUAAUAGAGAAAAUUUUGAAUACUCGGAAAAUAAACAAAUGUUCAUGUCACAGGAAAAUAAAAAUGCACUUAGAUCAAGCAUUUUAUAUAACACACCUUGCUUAAUUAAAUCUUCUUAUGGAUAUAAUAUUUAUUUUAAAAAAGGUUUAACAAAUGUUUCAAGAGUAAAGACUGAUAUCAUUUUUUACUUUCCUUCUAAAAACUUUACUUUUUAUGAAGAUAUUUUCACUCGCAUACACAUUAUAAUUUUAAAAAAAAAGAUAAAGAUAUUUCUUUCCGAUUAUACCAAUUGUUCAGUAAAUAUAAAUAUAAAAUAUAGUGCAGGCUCAUAUAGUAUACACAUAGAAGCCAAUAGUGAUUUUUUCGAAGAAUUAUUUAAGAAAUUAGAAGAGCUGAUGUCAGCAAAUGAAAUUCCUUCAACUGAUGAAUUCAAUGAAGCCUAUGAUGAAUUAAAUUUAUCAGUACAAACAAAUACAAAAUUUGGAAUAGAAAAUUCUUUAAAAAUUAUGCAUUCUUUAUUUAACAAAUACAUUCCAACUGAUAAAGAAAUUUAUGAUAUUUUAAAUUCUUUCUUUUUUUAUCCUUCAUAUAAUGCAUACGUAAAAUAUAUAAAUAGUUUUUUUCAAAGAAACUAUAUCAGCAUUUUCAUAUAUGGAAACCUUAUAAUAUCAAAUUCAAAAAAUAAUGAAAAUUCUCUUAAUGAUAAUAAAAAUAAUGUUGAUAAUAACAGUUAUAAUAAUACUAAUAAUAAUAAUAAUAUUACUGAUAAUAAUAAUAAUGAGAUAAAAGAUAAUAUUAAUGUUGAUAGUGAUAAUAUUAAUAGUGAUAUGACGGAAAAUAUUAAUAGCAAUAAUAAUGAUAAUAGUAAUAUUGAUAAUAAUUAUACCAAUGACAAAGAUAAUAAUAAUCAUGAUGAUAACAAUUUAAAUAACAAUGAAAAUAUUGAUAAUAAUAAUGAACAUAAAAUAAAAGAUAAUGCAUAUUAUAGGAUAGAUAAUGAAAACAAUUCUUCAUAUUUAAAAAAAAAGCAAGAAGCUUCAGAAAAGAGAGAAGACUUUGAGGAAGAAAAUUUUAAUUCAGACUCACUUCAAAUAUCUUUUAAUGCAUCGGGAAUAGAAUAUUUAGUAAAUUUAUGUGAAUCAUUCAUAAGAAAAGUAACAAAUAGUGUUAUUAAAAGAAGUGAAUCUACAUAUUACACAAGGAAAUUAAUUAAUGAUGAGGAUAUUGAAAUAAAUGUCCAGAAUACUGGUCAAAACAUAAGUAACUCAAUAAUAGUAUCAUACAUGAUUGAAUCAGAAACUAUAUUAAGUGAUGUUUUAAUUAACAUUAUAGCUGAUUUAAUUUCGUCAGAUUUUAUUAAAUUUAUUAAGAUAAGAUAUAAUGAUGGCUAUAUUGUUAAUGUAAAAACUUUUUUCACACCUUAUGGCUUAGGUGGGUUACUUUUUGUAAUUCAGAGUUUCGAUAAAGAAGUUGAAAAACUUCAGGCAGACAUAUGUACUUUUGUUAAAUACUUAACGUUCCAGCUACUAAAUAUUGAAAUACCUGAGUUGAUAAAGAAGCUAGAAAUUAUGAAAGAAUCAUAUGUAAUAAAUAAUACUAUAUACACAUUUAACCAGGAAUAUUCAUCUAUAAUGGAUCAAUUAACCAUUGGGCAUGAAUGCUUUGACAAAAAAGAUAAAAUUAUAAAAAUAUUUGACGAGUUGAUUAAUUGCCCCCAAAUAAUUUUAGAUAAAAUAAAUUAUAUUCUAAAAAACUCAAAAAAAGCCAUUUUUAAGGAAUAUAAACCUUUUAAUAUAUCAAAUAAUAAAAAGGAGAUCAAUGAUAAUAAUAAUAUAAACGAAAGAUGUAAUUAUUCCUAUUUGAAAGAUAUAAAAAUGUCAAAUGUACAACUGAUAGAUGAUUCACAUUUAAUUAAAACAUACAAAUUAAAUGAGAAUAAGAGUGUUUCAAAUUACGAUAUAUUUAAAAUGGGUGAAUUACAUAAAAAGGAAAAUUUUAUUAAUUUACCAAAUUUCCUUCAGAGAGGAGAAAAGGGACUUUUUCAAUAUUUUAUUGAUUAUUUUAGGAGUGAUGAUAAAAGUCAUUUGAAGGAUGGCAAUUAUUUAGAUUUUAAGAGUUGUGAUGAAGAAAUGUCUUCAGAAAAUAUUCAUGUAUUUCAAAAUUUCACAGAUAAUAUAAAAAAAAUAAGAGAAUAUUUUCUACUUAAGUUUACAACAGACAAAGAAAUUAAAGAAAAAUGUUCUAUAGAUUAUGAAGAAAUUAGGAAAUAUUGCUAUGUACACAAUGCUAAUGAUAAUGAUAAGGAGAAUGCUUUAAAAUAA